AUGCCAGAGUCCCCGCCGUCGCCAUCGGCAGCGGCGGCGUUCCCGGUCUUGGAGCGGCGCCUCGUAAGGAUGGGGCCUGACCCGGCGCCCGAAGACCGCGCGGUGGCCCCGCUGAGCCCCCGUCGGAAGAGGAGACGGGAGGAUUCCGGGCCGGCGCUGCAGAGCCCGGAGUUCAGGCUCCCGGCGGCCAAAUGGCACUAUCGGGGGACUAUGACCGCGCCACCCACGGGCGCCGCCGAGGCUGAAGGAGCACCGACACCGGAGCCAGCACCCGAGCCAAGCCGGCCAGCGGAGCCGAGGCAGGCAGACGCGGCGAUGUCGGCGGGGCCAGCGGACGCGACGGCCGAGGCGAGGACGGUGGAAGCGGCGGCGGAGGAGGGGCAGCUUGAAGCAGAGCGCGCGAGGCUAGACGCGGAGAGGGCGCAGCUCACGGCCGCCUGGCGCGCCUUCGAGUCCCGCCUCGCCGCGCAGCGUGCUGCUAACAAGGAGGAACGAAGAGCCAUGGAAGAGGCCCGCGUGGCGGCCGCGCGGGAGCAGAAGCUUUUGGAAGAUACUCGCGUGGAGAUCGUGCGGGAGCGGGAGCUUUUGGAAGAUACCCGCGCAGAGAUCGCGCGGGAGCGGGAGGUUUUGGGGAGCGCCCGCGCAGAAGCUACGCGGGAGCGAGAAGACGCCGCCUGCCUAGCUAAGGCAUCGCGGCAGCAGGCUGCCGAGGCCCUAGCCAGGGAGAGGCAAGCGCAGGAGCGGGAGGAUGCGGUUGCGAGCCGCGAGUGGGCGGCGGAGGCCCACGAAGAUGACCUGACCCUUCGGGAGUUCGAUGCUGAAAUCAUGUCGGUGAACCUGGGCACCCGGGAGGACUUGUUGUCCCGCCGGGAGGGGGAGGCUGCCGAGGCGGCGGCAGCCGUCGCUGCCAGGGAGGAGUAG